UGAGGUAAAUUCUUCUCCCUUGCACAUUGAUUUAUAGCUGAAAUACUAUUCCAAGUAGCCCCCAAGAGCCGUUUUCUGAUCGUCAAUCAUAAACCGGGUCUUUGUAACACUUUAAGCAUCCCAUCAUUAAUCUUUGCCAAGGCGUGUCUUCAAUCAUAGAUAAAAUCAUGUUUGAAAAUGAGAUAACAUUCUGUAGCAUAGCCCCCAAAGGCCGGUUUAACUUGGCAAGUUAAUCCGGUUUUUAGUCCAUACCGCCAGUUAAGAACAAACGUACAUUAGCCCCCAAGUGUCAAGGAUAAUGCUUGCAUUGUUCCGGGGACUUGCAUAGAAGGUAGUAUUUGAGAGCAAAUAAGCAUUAGCCCCCAAGUAUGAAGUGGAUAACUUGUUAUAUGCUUUAUACUUAGUGCAUAUUUAUGUUGUUUUGUUGAAGAUACCUUCAAUGUUGUAGGCUGAACUGAGAAGCAAAGAUGCCAAAAACUCCGACUUGUAAGAAAAUGUGAAGUCGCAACAAGCCGAAGCUGCAAAAGCCAAAGAGGACCUGACCCAGGCCCUGGCCGGAAUGGAAAAAUUGAAAGAAUCCUUCAAUCAAGAGCGUGUUGUAUGGGAAACCGAAAAAGCCGGUUUGACCAAAAGAGCCGUAGAUGCCGAGGACGCCCUGAAACCGGUGGCUGAAGAACUAGCCAGUUUGAAGCGCCAAAUCAACGCUAUGACCUCUGCUAUCUUUGGAACUCGGAUCACUCAUCUUGGUGCAGAUAUGCGGAUGAAGCUCAAAGCGGCAUACACAUUGGUUGAGCAGCUAUACUCUAGAUCUCAGCGAGCCAUUAGUACAGCAGCCUAUAACAAACCGGUGCCAACGUGGAUUAAGGAAACCCUUGAGAAGCUGGGCAUGUUACCGGCGCGUAUUGCCGAGUUGAAGAGAGCCGCUGCAAGAGCCGGAGCAUUAACUGCCCUUAUUCGAGCCAAGGCCUGGAUUCCAGAUCUUGAAGCGGAGGAUAUCAUUAAAGGGUAUCCAGACGUUAAAGAAGACAGUUCAAACUUUGACAAUGAUGAUCUUCGGCGGUUGACCAAACAGAUGCGGCCAGCGGCCAGCAAAUUAGCUGAAGACACUGAUUUGUCCCAUUUUCAACCAUUUUAUGAUGCAGAAGGGAAAAGACAGCCGGCCGAGAUCCAUGAAGUCGAAGAACUUGUGCCUCCGAUUCGUAAGCACACUUAUGCCCCUGAUAUUAACCCUUCUAAUCUUAUCCAUGAAGAAGCAGUAUUCCGAGCCUUAACCGGAAUCAAUUGGUCAACGGCUGAUUUCCAGCAGCUGGGGAGGGAUGAAGAAGUGCGUGCACUAACUGAUCCGCAACCGUCAAACCGUCAUGAGGAAGAGUCUUGAUCCGGUCGCCGGUUUAUAUGGCUACUGUGAAAAACAAUGGCACUGUUGAGCCGCUUUAAAGCUUCAUGUAAUAGGAUAGCUGAAACUUUGUUUAUCUGCCAUGCCAUUGAGCAUGCUUCG